GAGGGAAAUUAUUUGGAGAAGUUUAGAAAAAUAUAAUAAUUACCUAAUCGUCUAUCAUGGAUAACCGGCAAUCUACCAAAAACGUAAAUAAUACUCCUCCAGAUGAGAGUCAAGCAGAAAAUGUACUUGGGGCAACAAAACGAGUAUUGGAAGUUAUGGAAGAAUCCAAACACAAUGUUACCAGUUUACAAAAUAUCCUGAAACAAGAAGAACAAACUCUUGAUGAACUCUUGAAUCACGUAAAAACUCUGAAAAAUUCUACUAAUUACAAUAUAGCACAUCUUGAAUCUAAUGAUGCUAUGAAGAAAACUAUGGAGGAAUACAAUAAUCAAUUUCUCAACUUUGCUCAAAUGAUAUAUCUCAGUGGUCAAGAGUUAUAUAAUGAAUUGAAUUCAGUUGGUAAUAAGUUUGAAACAAUUGAUGAGAAAUUUGCAAAAAAUGAUGCCAAAUAUGAGUCAAGAGUUGAAUAUUAUGAAAAUGUGCAGAAAGAACUUUUGAUUUCUUUAGAGGAAUUAGAAAAGCAACAUAUUGAAAACAUACAAAAACGAAAUUAUCAUGACAAGGAAAAUCAUGAGUUGAAGCAUGAACUAAAGGAGAUCAAUGAAAAAAUUAAAUUUUAUGAGGAGAAGAGUUCUGAAUCCAAUCAGGAUGUUCUAUCUGAAGAAAUGGUUUCAUGUGAAAAAAACAUUGAACUGCUGAAUAAUGAUAUUGCACACUCAGAUAACAAGUUGAAGAUGUUGAAUCAAUCAUUGGAAGAAAUAAAAAAUGAAAAACUGAGAACAGCAGAAGAGGUGAAUAAGAAUAUUGCAGAUAUUGAUCAUAUGUGUGAAGAGCUAGAAAAACAAUUAUCAUCGGAAAAUUGCAAACUGACAGAAAUAAAAAAUAAAAACAUUGAACUAUGUUCAAAAAUUUCUGAUUUGGAAACGAAUUGUUUAUUGAAAUCAGAAAAAUGUGUGGAAUGCACAACUAAUCUGACAGAAUUGCAAACACAAUUUUCCAACAUGGAAGAAAAUCAUAGAAAAGAAAUGGCAGCUUGUGAGAAUGCCAUUUUGGAAAAAGAAGAACAGUUGAAAAAUGAAAAAUUUUUGAAUAGUACACUAUCUGAUGCUAUGAACAAUAUUCGUACUAAAAUUGACUCAACUGUAACAGAGCUGGCAGAUUUACAUGCAAGUAUAAAAAAAUUAGAGAAUAGGCCUGAUAAUAACCUGAAUGGACAGUUGGAAACCAAACAAAAUGAAUUAGAGCAAGUUAGAUCCUCAAAACGGGCCCUAAAGGAACAAAUCAAAAAUCUCGAAAGUGAGCGAGCAACAAAAAUUAAUUCAGAACAACGAGAAAUCGAGGAUCUAGAAGAACACAACAAAACCCUCAUGAAUGAUAAAAACAACUUAGAAGCGGAAAUAAAACAGACAAAAGAUGAAACUGAAAAAAUUGAGUUGCAGAACUUUGAACGCGAGAAAAAAAUGAUUCAGCUUGCCUCCGAAAUUGAAAUUUUAGAAGUAGAACUACGAUCGAAAGAAAAUUCAGCCAAACAUAACUUUGUUCAACCAGUGAGAAAAGUUGCAUUAUUGUCUGGCCACACACCAAACAAGCCAGUAAAGACAUAUCGAAAUUGGGAUAGUGAUAGCAGUUUUGAAGGUGAAAUCAAAUCUUUUUCCAAGAGGGGAAGAGUGAAGGCUAAAAUGAUGAAAAAGGUUGUAUCAAAAUAGCUAUGUCAUUAUUGAAAUCCGAGUUUGAGUAUUAUUUUUCUGAAAAUUGUUUUGUAUCAUUUUUAUAAAAUCUAAACAUGAAUUGAAUAGUUAUGAAGUCAAUAUGUUUAAUCAUGCCAAGGUUCUAACUGUUAUUAUGAUUUGGAGAUAAUUUUAAGUUGAAAAAUAAAAGCAAUAUUAAUUUACAACAGCACUUUUAUUAAUGCCCAAAGAAUUCACAACAUCACUGCAUCUUUUACAUAAUUCAUCUUCUUUUUCCGAAUGAACUCGUCUACAUCUUGGACAGGAGAAAUUUGCACUCUUACUUAUUUCUAAUUUGUAUUCUUGUAAAUCGUCUGCUACAAUCGAUACUCGAGCUACUUGGAAAAUGUCAACAAGUUCCUUCUC